GAGAGACGAAAAAGCCAAACAGACCCUAAGCCAAUCCACCCAUAGCAACAUCCAUGGCUUCCACAUCCAUCUCCAAUUUCAUCUCCUUUUUCACACCACCAAAACCACCACCACCCAAAACCCCUCUUCUCCUCCCCUCUCUCUCCUCUUCUUCGUCAGAAAACAGAGCUGGGUUUGUUCCACUAGUCGCGUCCAAUGAGGGCUACAAUCCCUUAUCAUCGUCUUCUUCCAGUGAUGUCCUGAACGUUUUGUACCCAUCUGUAGCCUAUGCCAACACGCUCUUUUUCAGAUCGGCCUACAACGUUCAGGUCAUUGUUGACGAUAAUGAAACCGAAGAGAAGCUUCUGGGUCGGUUCCGGAGAGAGGUGAUGAGGGCUGGCGUCAUCCAAGAAUGCAAACGAAGGAAGUUCUUUGAGAACAAGCAGGACGAGAAGAAGCGCAAGUCCCGUGAGGCCGCCAAGCGCAAUCGUCGAAGACGCCCCCAGGCUAGAGGUUCAUUUCAGGACAAGGAGGAAGCCUCCAAGAGCAAGAAGGAAGGAGAGAGUGAUGAAGACAAUUGGGAGCUUCCUGAAGGAAACCUUCCCUAUUGACAUCGUUUUGUUCUACUUUUCCUUAGGAAUCUGCUCUUUUGCUCGUGAGAGGCAUUUCAGUCCAUGUAGGUUUCCAGGAUAAUGUGUUUACCAACCUUUUGUGCACUUUGUUUUUGGCUAAUUUAAUGAUAAAAGUAUCAUUUUUCAUUGACUAUCA